AUGUUAGUUUCAGGUCAUGAGACGACUGAUUCAGUUUUAACUUGGACUUCAUAUCUUCUAAGUAAAAAUCCAUCAUCUUUGGAAAAGGCUCGAGAAGAAGUUGAUAGAGUUUUACAAGGAAGGCUUCUGUCGUAUGAAGACAUAAAGGAUCUUAAGUAUUUGAUGCGUUGCAUCAAUGAAUCUAUGCGUUUAUAUCCACAUCCACCCGUGUUGAUAAGAAAAUUCCAGAUUGUUGAUCAACUUCCCAGAAAUUAUAAAGUUAAACUGGGUCAAGAUAUAAUGAUUUCAAUUUACAAUAUUCAUCAUUCGCCUCAGGUUUGGGAGAGGGGAGAAGAGUUUAUACCAGAAAGAUUUGAUUUAGAUGGUCCAGUGCCAAAUGAAACAAUUUCUAUUUUAGCGGUGAAGGCUAGCCAAGAUCACGCUGUAGCGACACUAGAGACUCCUUUAGAAGCGAUUCUGCAGAAAUGA